UUUUCAUGCAGGCAUUCCUGUGCGUGCAGGUGGUGAUGGCUGCUGCUCCUGCUGCUGUCUUAUUGUGUCUCUGUAGCUGCUGUCCCCCGUGCUAACCCUGAGCUGGCCUCUCCACCGCGCUGACUGAUGGGCACGCUUGGAGCUCUGCCUCGGAGAGGCAGAAGAUUUCUCUCGGAAACCUUUCAGCUGAGAGUGCUGUUUGCUGGCUGCUCAAUGCUCGGUGAAAGCCUUACAUUUGCGAAGUCGGUGACUGAGUCAUCCAGGCCCUGUAACAAAAAGCGUGUCUUCCUCAGAACGUGUGGUCUUGGUGCUUGACCUUUUGUAUUGCUUUUGUAAGUGAAGACGUGUAUUAAUGUAAAUGUGUUUUAAGCUUAAAAACAGCCUUACUGACUUUGCAGCACUUCUGGCUGUGUAGGCAGGCACUGUCACCUCCCGGACUCUAUGCCCCUCCUCCUGGUAGAACAGCGUGAGCCUUAUCUGGUUGGUAGGUUUCCACUUCCUCUCUGAGAUGUGGAAAUCAUUUCCAUCUCAAAGCAGAAUGACAGAGAGGAAGGGCAGGCUCCCAUCCCCAGUCAGCCUGCAGUAAAUGAGUGCUUUCUCCAGGCUGUUGUGACCGGCAUCGCCGUGUCAGUGAGCGUGCCCGUGAGCGUGCCCGCUGACAAAGACCGCUGUGCUUUGAGAUGUAGCUGCUUGGUUGCUCACUGUCUGUCUGAUUUCUCAUGCAGUUUAAAAAAAAACAAAAAGAAAUCAUCACUGAACAAUAAUAUUCCUGCUCCUUGAGGCACUGAGCUGCUUCCAGUCCGGACUGAGACCUGUGUGUCAAUGCAGCCAGGAGGUCCCGGAGCCCUCAGCUCUCCACUUUGUGCAGUCAUCAGGGAUGGGGGCUUAAGGAGCAGUGGGAGCGUUGUGUGUAAGGCCGUUCUAUUUCCAAGGUCUUGGUGCUGGGAGUCAGCUCAGCUGCUGCUGCACUAAGUGUCCAGCGGGGUCUUUUGCAAGAUGGGCGUGACAGCGUUGUGUUGCUGUAAGCCUGGCUUAGAGGGCUGCAGAGGUGGGGCUUCACAGCCAGCUUUGUCUUCUGUUUAACAGUUCCUGCUACCAAAGUGCACGUGCUGUGCAGAAAGCCAUCCCCCCGUCCUGCUCCUCGCACAGGUUUGGCCCCAGCCGUGUGCGAGCAGCACUCACGCAGGCUCAGAGGAAUGUUCUUCCCCAUCCCGCAUGGCACCGGGGCACAGAGAUGAAUUGCUGACGAGGGCAGAGCUGGCCUCGAUGCUGGGUGUGAAGCAGCAGCCCCAGGAGGAAGUGCCGCAGGUCCCCGCGUGGGUGGGGUGCGAGGUGCGAGCUCUUAUCUGCCCCAAUCGGCUUUGCUGUAAUGACAGCUCUGAGCUAGGUGCGAGUGUCUAGCCUUAAUUAAAAUGAGAUAUUGCUUCUAAAACAACGUACCUUGGCCGGCGUGAGUUCUCUGUGCUGGCAGCUCAGCAGUCCCCGGGCGCUGGUGCGUGCUGCAGCUCAGGCUGGGAGGGCAUGGCCCUGUGCUCUGCGCAGUGUGGAAGUGAAAUCGUUGGCUUCUUAAAAAUCACUGUUAUUUUAAAAGUAGCCGUUUUGAGCUCUGCCCGGUCCAUACAGCUGCAAGGAGCAGAGGAGGUGAACUUCCAGCUGUAAAUCAGCAACAGCAGCGCUCGAUUCAAAGGUCAAAUCCUACUGUAGUUAUUUGUUGGCUCUGGUGAGGGCAGCAUUGAGCUGAUAAUAGCUUUGCUGGCAGCGAUGUUACAGUUCAAUUCUGGGAAUGUGGCGGGUGAAAUGCAUUGCUCUUCACAGAACCUGUGUAUUUAGCAUGGAAUCGAUGUUCACAAGUUGCCUCUGGUCCUGUCUCAAAGCAGUGGUUCUCCUCGAGCUCUGCAAAAAUCUGGAGCUAACUGCGAUAUUUGAUGGGGAAGAGUCUCUUGCGUUGCAGGCACCUGAACUAAUCCUCACUGAAGGGCAGUGUGUGCUUCUAAUGUCUGGUUUGUGAUGUGCCUGUGUCCUUGGUGUUCUGCUGCUUUGCUCUGAGUGCACUUUCUAACAGUGACUUACUUCCCACAAGUCGCAUUUCCACUGAUGAAGCUUGCAUGAGGCUUGAGGCUCUGAGGCCUCGCUGGCUGCUGGGUAACGCCAUGCUCGACGUUCUUGCAUCAGAAGAACAACAUCAAUUGUAGCGUUUCCCUCCUGGAGUAUAAAGUGAAGCCUGCAUUAAGGCCUGCAGGGCGCUUAGACUUACUGCAGUCAGUGCACUGACAUACACUGGUUUUGAUGUUGCACUUCUUGAAAGUAAAUAAGUGGGCUAGAACCUACAAAUGAAUGCUGAAUUUUACUCAGAUUUAUGAAAAGCAUUGGUGCCUUUCGUACAUUUGUGACAUUACGUACAAGUGAUUGAGUCGGCUUACGCUUAUAUACUACUAAUAAUUAAUAUAUGAUCACAGCGAUUCAAACUGCUUUCUGCCUUGGAAUCAGAUUGAUCCUGUGGGCCCAGAAAAGAGAAAAUAUGUUUGCAGCUUGUGACAUUCCUUAAGGGCUGCUUGUCCUUUUGGGAACUGACAGAUGGGAUCAUGAAUUGUCAGCCUGGGAUUCAUCCUUCCUCUGUAUCAGACCGUAGGCACUGAUUCUUAAAUGCAAACUAGCAAUGUCCAUGAUCACUGUGGGAAAGCAAGAAGAAAGAAGCUGAAUUUUUUGGUAAAGCUGCUCUAUGUUGGAAAUGAGAGAAGAGCUCUCAGGGUGGCUGAUGUGCUUGGGGUGAUCUGCUUUUGGAGGUGGUGGAGGAUUUUGAAGACAACAGUGGAUGAGCAUUGGUUGGAUGAAGGAGAGUGUGUGGUGUGCUGUGUGAGGGCUCUCCAAGGUGCCCUGUAGUUUUAAAAUAGGUUUGAAUAAGGAUUUUAGCUUCAGGGCCUGUCCCGGGGUCAGGCUGUGCUUGGAAACGUGUUGGAGUCUGGCUCCCGUUGGGGAAAUGUCUGUUAGUUACCUCUCUGAACGUGCGUUUUAACUACGACGGCUGUUUCUCACCUGUUAGCACACUAUCUGAAUUGUUUUGUAUGGGGCCAAAAUGACUAAUUUAGAAGGGUUUUACCAACAUACCCCUGAAACCUUUUGCCAGUCAUGAUGUAGGAACGUUGCCUGUUCUUUGAAUUAUGUCUGCCUUGCAGCAAGCAUGCUCUGCCAGAAGGGCCUGGAAGAGGAUCCAUGGGUCAGGGGUUGCCUUGGAUCGCUAUAAAGGCAGCAAGCUCCCAGCUUCAGAUGGAUGCUGCUCCGCUGUCUUCUCCUUCCUGCUGCAAAGAAUGACUUUCACUCAACUUCAGCUCUGCUUUAAGGUGUAUACUUGGAAGUUGGUGGUCCUCGAUGAGACUGAUAGGGGUCUUUAAAGGAAGGAUGAAAGUAAAGGAAGAGAGCAGGAGGUGGUUGUCUUGAGCCAAGAGGGAAACCACGUCUGUCAUGACAGUAAGCAGUGUAGUUCCUUAGAAGUUCAUCCCUUCCUCUAGGACUCAUUCUCUUCUCCCAGCGUUGGAGAGUGCUCAGCAGAGGCUUCCUCCAUCCUGGCCUUUAAUUCCCUGCUGAGAGUUGCUGCCGCUUGCAGUCUCGUAACUCUUUUGCCAGAGCAAUGUGAGCAGGGAGCAGGCGCUGCCCAGCUGUCACUCAGGGUUCUGCAGCGUAGUACCUGGAUGGUGAAAUCAGUAUGAGCUCCUAGCUGGGGUCUGACGUUUUUUGCCUUGGGGCAUGAGGUGGGAAAGCUCUGCACAGGACUUGGAGAGCCGUAGGGAAGGGGUUGAUGGGUUCAUCUGAGAGUGCUCCAGAGGACAGAGCCUGGGCAGCGCAGCCUCCUGGCAGCAGUACUGACUGCAGGUAAGCUUCCACUGCUCUGCCUUGCUGGGGUGGGGCUGUGCGGGUGGACCAGGAAGAGUUCGUGCUCGGUGCAAACUGAGGACAGUCUGGCCAAGUCCUGGGGUUUUUCUGCUGCUACAUAAGAUGUAGGGAGCUGCUUCCUGCUAGCUAGAAAUGACUGAAUGCUGAACGAUGCCUGAGUCUAUAGAGGCGUCUGUGCUCCUUUGGCUUGAGAGAUUCACGAGGCUUUGCUUUUUUCUGUACAAAUUGCUUUCUUGUGUCUUGGAAGUGAUCUGUUAGAAUUAAACAUCACCGAGGGCUUUUUCUGUAGCUGCGUCCACAAGAGAUAAUGUCAUAUUCUGAAUAACAGCAGAGUUGGGCUAUUCAGGUUUCUUACAUAUCACCUCCAUUUGCUUAAAGCGAAUGUCUUCUUCGCUGCCUGAUAGCACUUCUUGCGUGGCACGUGAAAUCUGGAGGGAAAAAAGCCAACAGAGAGCCAGCACUGUGCGUCAGUGCACGAUGGGCGGUGGCACCACGGUGCUGAAGUGCUCAUCCCUGCAGACACCCAGGGUCGGGCUGGAAGCGCCUGGUGGAGCUGUGGGUGCCCCUGCUCAGCGCAGGGAGCUGGACCAGGUGGCCUUGCAGGGUUCCUGCCCGCUCCAGCGAUGCUGUGAUUUAAACCCGGUUGCCACCCGCACCUCCUUGUUGUUGGCCACAGCCACGAGAGGGAGCCUGGCUGCGAGCAGCUGCUCCUCCCCGCGGCUGGGCACGGCGCUGUGCGGGUGGGGGUCAGAGGAUAAACGGGCAGACUGGAGGGAGAAGUGUGGCUGCAGUGUCACCUUCUGGUGGCGAAGCACAGGUGGCUCCGAGAAGCCUGAGCCUGCCCCCAAAGCACGGAAUUAACAAUGCGACCGCUUCCAUUUCCCCAGCGAUGACUUCUGAGUAAUAAACCCAGUGAUGUCAGACUGGUUUGCUGAUGCUGAGCAAGUGAAAUUUGAUGGAAAUGCGAACGCAUCGUUAUUAUAUUCAAUAAAUAGGAUGGUUCUGGGUCAGAGGUUUCAGGAAGGGCAGAACUUUUGGCUGAGUCAACUGAGAUACGCUCGAAACAAAAUGACCUGUGAAGUCAAUGAAAAAUAAUUGUCCUUGUUAAAGAGUUAAGGAUCUUCUCUUAGUCAGGGCCGGCUGCUGGUGCUUUUCUGAGAACAGUCUGUCUGAGAACUGUCAGACCUCUGCACCAUCUUUCCUCAACAACAGAUUGAUGUUGUGUUUAUGUAUAACAGCACUCAGCAGCCGUGUGCUGAGUUAGCCCGGAGUCAAGCUUUCCUUUUGCUUCCUCUUUUUUCCCCGGCCCACACGGGUCCCCAGCUGCCACCAGCGGCAAUCCAGGAACUGACAGUCUAGGAAUCCUGCCCUGGCACUGGGAAGGUCCUUGCUGGCAGGAGGUGGCUGUGCUCGCACUCAGGGUCAGCACUGCAGCAGCAGGGAUUUGCCCGGACCUCCUGCCCCAGUUCCCUGCCUCGUAGUUAUGGGGUCCUGGCUCAUGUGCCUGGGACACAACUCAGAGCUUUUAUGUGAUUUUGGGUGGUACAGGGGGUACGCCCCAAGGUCUACUCUGCCUCCCCACAAAGGGCUCCUGCAGGGUUUGAUUCACCACGAAGCAUUUUGGGGGCUCGGAUGAAACCCCCGGUGCUGCUGGCUGGCUGGUCCCUUGCAGAGCAGCAGAGCAAAGCACGGUGCUGCUCACUGCUCAGCCGCCUUCAUGGCAGAACCACCCUGCCCUUCCUCCUGACCCUGCUGCGUGACACCUGCCCUCGCUUUGCCCUCCCAUUUCUCACCAGUAUCCGUAAAACUCCGCGUUAUCAGCCUCUGUGCCAGCCCCAUCAGCGCUCACCGCGCAGCGUCGGUGCUCAGCCUUCUCCCUUAGCAAUAGAAGCACGGUUCACAGGGGGAAGUACCCUCCAGCGCAGCGAUGCCGCUCAGCCCACUCCCAGGCGUUCCGUGCCCUUGCUGCAGCCCCCCCUGCCCAUCUGCACGUGCAGCCCAGCACCCAGCUGUGGGGAGGACGCAGCGUGAGCGAGCACAGGAGGCUCUCUGCCCUGCACGCCACUCACAGCAAUAGGGCUCCGUGCCCGCCCGGCUCCAGGAUGCUGCAUCUGAAGGUCCAGUUCCUGGAUGACUCCCAGAAGAUCUUUGUAGUGGAUCAAAAGUCCUGCGGGAAGGGGCUGUUCAACCUCACCUGCAGCCACCUCAACCUGGCAGAGAAGGAAUACUUCGGGCUGGAGUUCUGCAGCCAGGCCGGGAACCACGUCUGGCUGGAGCUGCUAAAGCCCAUAACAAAGCAAAUCAAAAAUCCUAAGGAGGUUCUUUUCAAAUUUAUGGUGAAAUUUUUCCCAGUGGACCCCGGCCACCUGCGAGAGGAGCUGACGAGGUACCUCUUCACCCUGCAGAUCAAGAAGGACCUGGCGCUGGCAAGGCUGCCCUGCAGCGACAAGAGCGCGGCGCUGCUCGUCUCCCACCUGCUGCAGUCCGAACUGGGCGACUUCCAUGAGGAGACAGACCAGCAGCACCUGGCCACACACAGGUACCUGCCCAACCAGGAGUACCUGGACAACAAGAUCAUGCACUACCACCGGCGGCACAGGGGGAAGACGCCGGCUGAGUCAGAUGCUCAGCUGCUGGAUGUGGCCAGGAAGCUGGAGAUGUACGGGAUUCGCCCGCACCCUGCCAGCGACGGCGAGGGGACGCAGAUCAACCUGGCGGUGACGCACAUGGGGGUGCUGGUCCUGCGGGGCAAUACGAAGAUUAACACAUUCAACUGGUCCAAAAUUCGCAAACUGAGUUUCAAGAGGAAGCAUUUUCUCAUCAAGCUCCAUGCAAACAUUGCCACUCUGUGCAAGGACACACUGGAGUUCACCAUGGCGAGCAGGGAUGCCUGCAAGGCUUUCUGGAAGACGUGUGUUGAGUACCAUGCCUUCUUCCGACUCUCUGAGGAGCCCAAGUCAAAGCCCAAAGCCCUUCUGUGCAGCAAGGGCUCAAGUUUCCGCUAUAGUGGGAGGACACAGAGGCAGCUGCUGGAGCAUGGGAGGAAGGCAAAGAGGAAGAGCUUACCCUUUGAGAGGAAGCACUACGCAUCCCACUAUGAUGAGAGGCAGUGCCGCUCCUCCCCGGACCUCCUGACAGAUGUGUCCAAGCAGGUGGAGGAGCUGCGGUUGGCCUACGGAAGCUGUGGCUCCUUCCGCACCGCCAGCGGGGUGCACACCUCCGAGCCCACGCUGGACAGCUGCCACAGCGGAUCUGCCACAGAGAUAAUGUCUGCUGCUGAGCUGCAGUGCUCCAAGCCUGAAGCGGCCCCCACAUUCCUGCCCCACUCCAAGAGCAGCUCUGCCUUCCCCCUGCUCUACACCCAGCUGGAGCUGGAGCGGGCGUGGGAGCCCGCCGACCCCUUUGGCAGCAGGAACCCCUUGACGUCCUUUCGGCCUCACCACAAGUUUGCUGGGAGCAGCAGAAGCCCCUCGGUGGGCAACAUGCGGGAGGUCAGCACCAGGCCGCUGGUGUACAUGGACGUGCCGUGCCCUCCCCUGCCACCGGCCCCACAGGUCCUCUUCUACAUGGACAGGCCCCCACCACCCCCGUGCCACAUGCCCAGCGAGGAGGCGGGGGAAGCGGCUGGUAGGUGCAUCCCCAUGGCCACAAAAACGGCCAAGUGGGGCCCCAGCAGCACCUGGACGGGGGAACCGCAGCACGAGGCCUCGCACAGGGCUGUGAGCACCGGCCUGGGCCCAGAGAGGGAGAGCAGGCCCCUGGCUCGCUCCUUUGAUUACGGCCUUCAGGAGCAGCCACCCAAGCGCUCCUGGAGCCAGUCGGACAUGAAGGCCAUCCGCUUCCCCUACAGCUCCGAGUUCAGGCCCCUGGGCCCGUGCCCGGCUCUGAGCAGCCGGAAGGCCGGCGUGCUGCGGCAUGCACUGGCCCAGCAGGGCCCGGUGCCAGGGCUGCGGCGUGCUGCCGAGCGCUACGUGGGCAGCAGCACCGAGUCCAGCGACUCUGACUCUGACUUCCUGGCCGCCGACUACUGCUCCCUGUAUGGCAGAGUGCUGCGGGCACCCAGGGCCCGUGUGCGCCUGUCCUCAGGCAGCCUGCAGCUGGAGGAGGAGGAUGAAGAGGUGUCCUUGGCCACCAGUGCUGCUGAAGAGAGGACUGCCAGGGGGGCCUCCAGGUAUUUCACAUAGGUGCCUCAUGCCUGCCACCAGGAGAGGCCAGGCAGAGCCAAGCCCCCGGAAGGAUCGUGGUCCUCCUUGCUGUUUGUGAAACAAGGUGGUGGGCUCGUGUUGUGUGAGUGAUCUUAGCUGUAGAGGAUGUGUAAGCAGAUAGCUGAGGGUGUUCAGAAAUACCCAGCUCCUGUGUCACACGAGGAAGCUGUCACGUCGCUGUCACAUCUCUGGCACGAGGCUGUUUCCAUGCCGGGAUCCAACACCAGGUAGAACGGCUAGGGCUCUCCUAAAGCCCCACAGACACCACCUCCAGUCCUUGCAAGGCUGGCUCAGACCUCAGCCCCUGCUGGCUUUAUCAGUACAGUAGGAGGGGAAAAGGAUAAAAAAAAAAUAAAAAGCAUCCCAUGGAAGUUCAUAAACAUCUUGUUUUCCCAGCCCCAGGAGGCACACUAGUGGGCAGGGGGUUUGAGGCCCCUUGAGCAAGGAGCAGCAUGGUCAGGGAGAUGCCCAUGCCCCAGCACGGAGCUCGUCUGCUACCUCACCUUGCAAUGAUGCUGCAGGGAGCACCCAACCCUUGAGAGCCAUUGCAUGUGUGAGGUGCUUCUUGUAACGCUCAGAGCCACGCAGGAAGCUUAGGACAUUACAUUUCCCUAAGAAACAGCACAGAGAGACUCAUCAGUCAUUUAGCAGCAUCCCACAAUGAGCUCUGGAAAGUGGGAUAGUGAAUUACAUUGCAUAGCCCCACCUUUCUCAAGCCUAUUUUUAUAUAUUUUUUUUAAAUUUAGGCUUGUUAGUUCCUGGCAGCAGCUCUAAUGCCCAGGCCCCUCACAGCCCUGCUCAUAUAUGGAGGAGCAAGGAAUGUAAAGGAAGCUCCUGGUGUCCCACAGCAGGCCUCAGUCUUUCAGUGUGAGGACAAACAGCUCGAGGUGGUAGGAAAUGAAGGGGCAGCUUGAGAGAGGCUACUGCCACCACGGUGUUUCUAAACUUUCCUAUUUGUUACUGCUCCUUGGAAAAGGAAUAAAAGGAACUUCCUAGAAGUUUUGGGGUUUUUUUGGUAAUAAAAAGACCAUUACCCUAAAACUACAGGUAAUCUACUCUGAAAACAGGAGAAGGAUGCAACCUCUGCAAGAUGUUAGAGAAGAUCUUAUUAAAAAUAAUAAUAAUAAAAAGUAGUAGGAACUCCAUAAGACUGUAGGACAUGACUGUGGGAUGGACAGUGUAUCUAUGGUUGAGAAGACAGUAAGAUACUAGGAUGGAUUUGAGGAACAAAGGAGCUGAAGCAAAGACAAAAUAGCUUAAAAUGUAAAAAGAACUAGGUUUAAUGGUUACUGCUUCACACUGUGUCUUUUGUUUUAGAAGCUGGACAAUAAAGGACAGCUGUUCACA